AUGGUUAGCUGGGUCAAGAUACUCUCCAUAUACGUGCUUUCGACCAUGGCCCUGCUGGCGACGGUCGCUGGAACCGGUGGCCGCCGCCGCGACAUGGCCUUCAACAUGAGCCUCGACACGGUCCUGGACGCCCCGGGCGCGGACGGCAACUCGAGCACCCGGGCGCGGCGCUGCGCCCAGCUCGGGGCGACGCUCAACAAGACGGCCGAGCUCUUCACGCGGCAGCUGACGCGCGAGGAGUACUACGCGCGCAACUUCAUGUGGAUCCGGUGCCGGUCCAUGGGGACCAAAUGGUUCGACAUGGGCGGCGCCUGGUUCGGCCGCGACGGCAAGGACCUCGAGGCCCGCUUCUGGGGCAUCCCCAUGGCCGAGUGGCGCUUCAACUACGUCAAGGGCAACUGGGGCGACGCCACCCUCUUCUUCAACGAGUACUUGGAGUUGUCCUUCGACAAUGUCAUGAAGAGGAUUCGGGACCUGACCGACGUCGCCUCGGAGCGGUACAAGCGCAACCUGUACAUCAUCGACUGCCCCGGACAGCGCCGGGACCCCUACUUCGCGACGGAGCGCAAGGGUGUUAUCUUUCCGAACCCGAAGAUGGUCCAGCCCGUCGACGGCAACAGGGCCUAUUACAACGCCGAGAAGAUGAGCAAGCAAGUCGGGCAAGGAUUUCCCAGUUGGCCCAAAAAGCACCCCAAGACGGACAUGUUGAAGAAUAAGAAGAAAGAAGGGACUCCGUGA